GUCUGUUUUUGUUUUUGUUCUGACGGCUUAUUGCAAUGAGAUUCUUUGAUGGAGUGCUUGCGACAGCGCUCCUUCUCGCGAUUCUCAGCCCUAGCAAUACUUCCGCGCUCGAUGCAUGCGACGGCGGAUGCAGCUGCAUGUCCACUCCUGUUACAUAUAUCACUAGUUGUUAUGGUUUGACGGUGCAGCCAACACUCACGACGACCGUCAUGAGCGCCUACCUGAACGCUGCGACUUUUACCAGUCUGUCGGCAAACGCAUUCGCAGGAUGCAACGCUCUCACAACCUUAUCCCUGCCAACUCUCAGCUCGAUCGCCGCUGGAGCAUUGGCGGGAACUGGGGCCAUCUCAACUUUAUCGAUGUCUCUCCAAAACACAGUUACACUAACCGCAGACAUGUUCACUGGUGCCAGCAGUACUGGGAUCAAAUCACUACUAAUCAGCUACCCCAGCGUGAAGGCGCUGUCAGCAAACAUGUUUGCCGGCUUUGGCGGCAGCCUUUUGACAUUGUCAUUGAUAACCGUUUCGAGCGUCGGUGCAUCGUCCUUUGCUGGGUUGAACUUGCUUACACAAUUCACUCUGACCGGGACGUACACUUCGCUUACGGCCUCCGCUCUGAACGAUAUCUCUGGAUUAAACGCGCUGGCGAUCCCUGGUGGAUACUCGAGUAUCUCAGCACUCGACCUCACUUCGCUUCCAAACUUGACGUACUUGCAAAUCGGAAGUCCGGUGCUGACUACGAUUGCAUCAAACGCUUUCGCUUCGUUUGGCUUGACUAAACUGACAUCGUUGAGUUUUGCAACUGCAGCGGCGUUCACAUCGUUGCCUGACAAUGCGUUUGUUGGCCUGACAAACUUGAAAUCGCUAUCACUGCCGGCUGCAGUUCGCCUGCAGAUGUCUGCCGGGACUUUUAAUGGCCUCUCGCAACUGACAUACCUCUACGCCCACAAUUGGCUCGGCACCAGCAUUCCUGCGGGAGUAUUGUCCCCUUUGACAUCGCUCAAGACAUUCAGCUUAAUGUCGUGCAUCAACCUGGUGCAAGUCCCUGCCAACCUGUUCUCUGGUCUGAAUGCUUUCACGUCGAUUUCGAUGACCGGUGCCAAAUUGACAGAAAUCCCACCGCAGUUCUUCCCACCUACACUCAAAGCGCUGAUCUUUUAUUCAAUGGCGGCCACGACGCUUCCUCCCGGUCUUUUCCUCGGGAUAACUUUGACAUCCUACUCUCUGACGCCUAACAACUAUACCUUUGGUGGCAACACACGAGCGCCCCCGAGCACUUACGGCACCGCAGCCUCUCCAAUCCCUUGUGAUGCAGCCUGUGCAACGUGCUGGGGUCCCGGUCCUGCUGGAUGUUGUGCAAAUUACUGCCUGUACUGCUCGAACUCUACGUGCACUCAGUGCUAUGACGGCUACGCUCUUUCGGACCAAACAUGCAUCUCAACCUCGGAAUCGACCAUCUCUGCUGCGUCAGUUCAAUCGGCCGUCUCCGCUGCUUUUGUUUCUGCGUUUUCUGUCUCUUCGGCUUCGGUUGUUUCCGCUGCUUCCGCGGCGUCUGAGGAGUCUGUCGCUUCGGCUUCUUCUGCUUCUGCUGCUUCUGCUGCUUCUGUGGGGUCCAUGGAGUCUGUCGCCUCGGUCGCGUCUGCGGCCUCUGCCCUUUCCGCCUCGUCCGCUGACUUUGUUGCUUCUGCUGCUUCUGUGGCCUCUGUGGCUUCGGGCGUUUCAGCAAACUCUGUUAUUGUUGCUGCUUCUGUCGCUUCUGUCGUCUCUGCAGGCUCGGCCGUUUCCGCUGCUUCUGCUGCUUCCGUGGCCUCCGUGGCUUCGAUGCUUGCCGAGUCUGUCGACGCUACCUCGUCCACUGCACCAGGGAGCGUUCCUUCUGCGAGUGCUUCCCUCCCCUCUGCCCCGGCUACGACCACGCUACGCGCCUCGAUCAAGGCGUCAGCGGACGACAAGGAUAGCUCCUCCAUUCUGAUCAUUGUCUGCGCGGUCGCUGGCACCAUGCUAUUGAUUCUGGUCGUGGUUGCCUUGGUCCGUCGCAAGAGACGCAUGAACGCAUCCCGCGCCAAGCCCGCCAAGCCCACCGGUGCCCCGAAGCAAGGUCCCAUUGAAGCUCAAGACUCGUAUGCGACCGUCGAAGAGCGAAAUCCGGGCUUUGGCACUCUGGACCCGCACUAUGACGAUGUUGGAUCGCCCGAGUAUGCAGCAGUCGCAACUGGCGAAAGUCAUUACGAAGACCUUGCCACUCUUGCAACGCGUUCUCAAGCGCCCGUCACGGCCACCUCGCCGACCAGCUAUGCGAUGGUCGUGACCAGCGGCAACACAGUGUACGGCACUCCCGAAACCAAUGCUACCACCUAUGUUCCGGUAGAUGGGGGUGCGCUUGCUCCGUCUGCUCCAUAUGCCUCGCCCUCUCUGCACUCUCCGUUGUAUGAGGACGUCGGGUCAUCUUUGAAUAGCAGCGAGUACGCUGUCACAACUUCAGCGUCAACAGCUCCCGCAGCAGUCAGCCCAUCCACCGCCGACGCGUAUGCAAACUUGGCGCUGGCAUCCUCCAGCACGAGCCCUGUGGUGCAUGAUAACGGCCAGGCUGUGAACUAUGCUGCUGUUGUUGGCGUGGUCCCACCCACCGACGAGUAGCUUUUGCUCUCCUUUACUUUUGUUGCUUUGUUUUGUUUGCUUGGUUGAUUUGGUUUGCUUGCUUGGUUUCUCUGCUGCCACCAGCACUGGUACCCUCCUCCAAUGACUCCGAUGGGUUUGAUGUGAAUUGGUGCCGGAGAACCAAGGCGUGAAUGAAAAUAAUACAGGUGUUGUUUUUGUU